UUGUUGAUUCAGGAAGCGAUGAGUGUGAAUCAGACGCAUGCGGAUGCAUGGACAUUAAUCGGUAAUUUGCACAUGUCCAAAUGUGAGUGGGCACCUGCACAGAAGAAAUUCGAAUAUAUUCUUAAACUGAACGAUUAUCAUAAUGAUGCUUACAGUCUGGUGGCACUCGGCAACGUUUGGCUUGAAACGCUGUCAUCUGUUCAUCGGAAACGUGAAAAGGAUAAAGACUAUCGUGAACGAGCGUUGAUGAUGUACAGUAAAGCGUUGAAGGUGCAUCCGAAAAAUAUCUGGGCUGCAAAUGGAAUUGGUUGUAUAAUCGCGCAGAAAGGAGCCAUUCAAGAGGCUCGUGAUAUAUUCGCACAAGUGCGUGAGGCGACUGCUGAGUUCUGUGACGUUUGGGUGAAUAUAGCACAUAUUUAUAUGGAGCAAAAGCAGUAUGUGGCUGCCAUUCAAAUGUACGAUAAUUGCGUCAAGAAAUUCAAACGUUUCAAUGAUGUGCCAUUGAUGCAAUAUAUGGCACGUGCUUAUUACAAAGCUGGUAAAUUGGAUGAGUGUAGAUUCAUGCUGGAAAAGGCACAAAUCGAAUCACCCGACAAUUUAAUGGUAAAAUUCAACUAUGCAUUCGUAUUACAAAAACUAGCCACUCAAACGUUGCGUGAUGAGAAAUCGUCAUUGGAGAUGGUCAACGGUGCAGUUAGCGAUUUGAAAACAGCUGAAAGUAUAUUCACCUACAUAUCAGACAACAGAGAUGAGACAAUGAGUCAAGCGCGUUUGGUUAGUAGAAGUACAUCGGCGAAUGAGGCACGGUGCUGCAGCGAUUUGCUGAAACAAGCACAAACUUAUGUUCAGCGUGCGAAGGCACAAGAUGAAGAAGAGCAACGACAAAGACAGCGACAAGAAGACGAAAGGUUAGCGUUAAGAAGACAACAGGAGAUUGAGGCGAAGGAACGCGAAGAGAAGACGCGGCGUGAAUUGGAGGCGUUGAAGCAGUUACGUCAAGACUUUGUGCAGAAAACAAAAGAUUUUCUUCGAUUGCCGACCAUAGUGGAAGAGAAGCGAUCGCGUUCGGGUGGUGGAGGGGGCAGACGUAGAAGGGACCGUGAUGGAGGUGAAGACUUCGUCAAUGAUAGCAGUGAUAUGGGUGAUUGGGUCAAUGAAGAUGGCACCGGUGAACCCAAGAAAAAGACUACCGAACGGAAAAGGGCACGUAAAAGACGUGAUCAUUCGGAUGGAAAUGAAAGUGGAAAUGAUGAGAGUGGACGAAAAGAACGAAGACGUAAGAAACGUGCUCGAGAUGAGAGACGAGCUGAUGAGUUCGAACUUAGUGCUAAGCAAAAAGCCAAAGUGAAAAGUCGUGAAUUUGUGGCGUCUUCGGAGGACAGUUCGUCGGAUGACGCGAACAAUAAGCCAUCAACAGCAGCAAUGGCGCGAGCUGAUAGUGAUAACGAUGAGGAGAAUGAUACUCGAAGGAAGCGGUUCUCUGGAAGUGAUAGCAGUGAUGCUGGAGAUGGAGACAAGUCUAGAAUACGAGCGCAUUCCAGUUCUGAGCAUGAAACGGAUAUGGAGCACGAAGGUGAAGCACCUGAGGUGAACAACUCAUUAUCAGAAUCGGAUGAAGAUCGUGCAUUGCCGUCGAGUGAUGAUAAUGACAGUGAUCGGCAAGAUAAUCAGCAUACGUCAGCAGCUGGGAAAAGCAACAAGAAACGGAUUGUCUCAUCAGAGGAUGAUGAUCCUCAGUCAGAUUCUGAUUAA